AUGCCGACACUCCGAACUUUGCAGGCUUUGGGCCUCGGUCUGGCCGGUCUGGCGGUUGGUGCCGCCUUUGCCCUCAGCCGGCCGUUUCGAUCUGAAGAGUAUGAAACCAUGCGAGAAGAUGUGGCAAGGACAGCUGCAUUCUACAAGGCCAUCGAUGCUUUAGCGCCAGACGCUGUGGUCCUAGACUUGGGCACCGGCGCGCUCGCCCUGCUGGCCAGACGUGCGGCUAAAGCUGGUGCUCGACGUGUCUAUGCAGUUGAAGCUUCCAAGUUCGCCGCGCAAGAGGCCUCCAAAGUGUUAGAGAACAAAGACCCGGUCUCCGUGAUCUUGGGCAGAUCUCAGGAAAUUCACCUCCCGGAGCCAGUGGACUUAGUAGUUCAUGAGAUAUUGGGUGAAAUUGCCAGCCGUGAAGGUGUAGUGACAUCUCUUUUGGAUGCCGAGCGCUUUGUGCCCCCAGCAGCUAAGUUGCAGUGCUGGUCUGUGCCCUCUGGGGCACAGACCAUGAUAGCACCGGCAGAAAUGCCAACACCAAGGUACUUUGAGAAUUUCAGGGCUCGCACUGGUACCUUUUUGGCCAUGCCAGCGGCCGGCACUCGGAUGCUCAGAUUUCCCAACUUGCCAGUUUCGGAAAGCAUUUUGGCGGAGCCCCAGAUCUUUGAGGAUUUGAAGUGGGGCAAGGCGUGCAGCAUGAAAAUCCAUCAAAGACGACUGACCCGCUUCCGUGUGACUCGAGAAGGUCUUCUCUCUGGGUUUGUCUUUUUUAUCAUGGUGCACUUCCCUGUGGAUAUAGCACCCGUGAGUUCAGCAGAUGAGGAGAGCCAUUGGGCUAACAGCUUUUGCACAGUUGAUCGACCUGUCACAGUGACACCUGGGGAUUUCUUGGAGGUGGAGAGCGAGGUUGACCUCAGCAGCGACACACCAACCUAUGUCCUGGCUGCAAAGCUACGCCGAAUGGGAGGCGAAGUGGAGAACUUGAUGCAACGCUAUGUCUUUCAUUGA